GAGAGAGAGAGAGGAAAAAAAAAAAAAGCCAAAACAAAAGGGAGCCGCUUCUCCCGGUGCAGCGGCAGGAACUGCAAGCAUGAUGGCGGCAGCUCCCAUCCAGCAGAACGGGACCCAUACGGGGGUUCCCAUAGAUCUGGACCCGCCGGACUCGCGGAAAAGGCCGCUAGAAGCGCCCCCUGAAGCCGGCAGCACCAAGAGGACCAACACGGGCGAAGACGGCCAGUACUUUCUAAAGGUUCUCAUACCUAGUUAUGCUGCUGGAUCUAUAAUUGGGAAGGGAGGACAGACAAUUGUUCAAUUGCAAAAAGAAACUGGAGCCACUAUCAAGCUGUCUAAGUCCAAAGAUUUUUAUCCAGGUACUACUGAGAGGGUGUGCUUGAUCCAGGGGACAGUCGAAGCACUGAAUGCAGUUCAUGGAUUCAUUGCGGAAAAAAUCCGAGAAAUGCCCCAAAAUGUGGCCAAGACAGAACCAGUCAGCAUUCUACAACCUCAGACCACCGUUAAUCCUGACCGCAUCAAACAAACAUUGCCAUCUUCCCCAACUACCACCAAGUCCUCUCCAUCUGACCCCAUGACCACCUCCAGAGCUAAUCAGUGAGGGCACAUCCAGAAUGAUGCAGCCAUCACUUUUCUCUGAAGAAUGUGGUAGUGUGGAGGUGAGAAGAAUGCAUUUUCAAGGCUCGCUUCCUGCUUCUGUUCCCCCAUGCUUUAAUUCUGUGGCAUAGAAACUCACCAAGGAUAGGACUGCCCGUGGUUUUAAAUGUCUCCUAUGCUCUGUUAGUGUUUGAUUUCUCAGCUGGACAGAUAAGUACAUCAUAAACAAGACCAAUGAUUUUCUCAAAGCAAGAUGCUAACUAGAAAGCCAAUCUGCUAAUUUUUGUCUCUGAAAUUAGAUUUGUAGUUUACUUAUAUGAAUGUGGAUUUUUAUAAAAUAAAAGGCCAACUAUAUCUACUUCCUCAUUAAUGCUAUAUUUUACCCUCUAGAUAUAUUAUCACACUUUCUUCUGCCAAAUCUUCUAUUGUAAUGAUUUGAAAUAUAGGCGCUAUGAUUUAAUAUUCUAUCUACUGUGCUGAUACAUUUUGUUAUUCAUACUGCUUUCUUUGUUUUGGGGGGUUUUUGUUUUUGUUUGUCUACAAAGAAGCAUGUAACUCCUGGAUCACAUGAAGCAAAUGUUAAAAGAAGAACAGCAAAAUCCUUAUUUAUUGAAAGAACUCUAGCUUUUCAAUAACAUUUCAUUCUUAGUGAUCUGUAGCUCUCCCUUGUACUCCUUCAUGGUAGGUUCUUUCCAGAUAGCUGUAGCAAAGAAAUGUCGUUUUUGUUCACUCACACUUGAAAUGUACAGCACCUAAUCCUUUCUUAAUUAAUUUACUGAUUUAUUUCUUUAAAUAUAGUCUGGUUAGGAAAAUAUGAUUCUGUGUAAUAAUCUUAAACUUUACAGAAGUAAAAUAUUAUAUAGUGAGACAGAUAUAUAUACUAAUUUAAAGGUAGUUUAUAUUUAUUUACCCAGCUAUUAUCAAAUAUGUUUUUAAUCUUAUAACUGAUAGAAAUGGAGAAAAUCAGUGAUUUCUAUUUUAGAUCAGAAAUUACUGCCAUGUGUUAUAGCUUGUAUGAUAACCCUGCUAUAAAAGCAGAGGUGAGGAAAUCUUUUCCUAAGAAAAUUGCUAUAAGCAAAAGAUUACAGUCAAAUAAUUAACAUUUGUGUUGUUUUCUAAUCAAUAUUGGCCAAAUGAAUGUUCAUCAAGUUCUCAUUUGAGAUUAAUAGUUUGUGUUACUUAUGGAUGUAUAGAAAAGAACUAACAAAUUAAAAAUUUGUAGAAAACCUAGGAAUGAAAACCGUGGCAGUAAUUCAGAGAAUAUGCUUGCUCUGCAGAGCCAUCAUUCCAAAACUUUUUAUUCUGAAGAUUAUUGUGUUUAGCACUUGAAUUUUAUCUAUUUUACUCUUCAGCCUCCUUAACAUGUUUCCUUGAGUCACAUUCUGAGCACACUAGUGCUCAAUAGUAACUCCACUUGAAAACAGAAGACCCACUGUGCGAGAAUCCUUAUAAAGUGAUAGUAGGAAGCGAACACUAGAGAGGUGGUGAGGACCUUGUCUUGCCCUUUACCAGCUGAGUAAUCCCAUGUGAAACUCAAAUACUAGAGUUUCCUAAGGCAGACUAUGAAAAUCCCCAGCUCUUCUCACAGUGGUUCAGUGUCUAGCUGUGUUCAUUUUAAGGAAAUGUGAAAAAUAUUAGUCCUUAAAAGUAAAUUACUUGGUAAAUAGUUAUUUUAAAUGCUUCAGUUAACAACAAUAUAAUACUAGUAUUGUCUGUUUCUAAGGUAUUUCUGUGGUCAAAUUCACUGCCCUUAACUUAAUUCCAUAAUCAGCAUCUAGAGAGCAUGCAGUUGCUCUUGCUUAGUAGUGAAAUGCCACAGUUAAACUAUCAGAGGUGUCAACAGGAUCAGUAGCAUUUAUCAAUCCCAAGAUGCUUAUUUUACUCAUCAUCUCAUCAUAAUUUUAUGUCAUCUCAUCAUAAUUUUAUAAGUCAAUCAGCGAUGCCCAGGUAUCAGGAAGGGGCAUAGAUAACAGGUGCAGGCCUUCUCUGCCAUCAUUCUUGCUACUUUUCCUUUCCUAACCCAUAACCUUACACAUACUUCACUGAAAUUGAUGCCAUCCAAAGAGAUCUUCCAUAAACUGAUGCCGACAAUACUUACUAGACCAACACUCCACACCCACGCCUUUUGCCUUUUCAGUUAUCUCCACAGGAAUAUCUUUCUGCUCCUACCAAAGUCAGUUAGUUCAAUUGUACAAUAAGUAUACCCUUUCCCUAUUACUGAAUGGUAUCUUUUCUUAAACUGUAUACUUCAUCAAGUUUUGACUCAAUAGAAAUAUUCCAGUCUGCAUGCAGUGUUUUCUCCUGUCUUUUUUUUUUAAUUUUGAUCCUCUCAUACAUGUAUGCAACAUAUCGUGAACAUACUCACCUUGGGCUUUCCCCUCUCUCCUCCCCUCCCACUCCUGUCUCCCAUUUUAAAACGCUGACCCACCUUCUCUUGUUGUCACCUCUUUCACCCACACACUAAUGCCUCUUCUAGUCCUUCACAGCAAAAUUCACAGGAUUGUCUCCAGUCUCUUUCCCAGGUUCUUUCUGUCCCUAAAUCUACUCCAGUCAUGCUCUGACCUCCACCGUUCCUCCAAAUCUGCAGUGAGCAUCAAUGGUGGCCACACCGCUGAUUGUGUUUGUUCUCAGUCUCCAUGUUCACUGGCCUGUCAACAGUGUGUUCCCCAUUCUGUUACAUCACCUUCUGUGCUGUGCUUCCUGUCGUUAGUGUCCAGGAUUCUACACCACCGUGGUGAUCCUGCUCCUGGUCUCUUCCUGGUUCCCCCUCUUGGCCCCAUCUCACUGAUGGAAUGUCCUAGUCUUAGGAGCAUCGUAUGUCUUGCCUUUUCCAUGCUGUUAUAUACAGAAUGCAUACCUCAGGAUUUUGUGCUGCUUUCAAACCUUAAAUGUUACCAUACAAAGACCAUUUCUCACAGAUGCAGAGGCAGGAAAAUCCACGAUCAAGAUGCCAGCAUCUAAUGAGAGCUUUCUUGCAGCAUAUUCACCUGGCAGAAGGUGGAGGGCCAGAGAAAGGGACCAGGGCAAUGCCUUCCCAUGACAGAAGAGAGAAGCCAUUCCUGAAAAUGUGUAAUAUAGCAAGUAGUAACCCUAGCCUCCCAACACUGUUUCAUUGGGAUAAAUUACUGCCUAUGAAUUGUGGAGAAGACAAAGCUCUCUCUCAAACUGCAGUAACCAUGAACUAACAGAAUCUUUAUGAAGGCUCUUAUAAGCUCCUUACUAUAUUUUAAUGUUCAUGGUUUAAAUUGAUAAUUUCCCAAAAUAUUUCCUAAAAUUUAAGUUUCAGGUCCUAAGUACUUGAACUCCCCGGACUGCCUGCAGCUGCUUGCUUCAUGUUGCCGCUUACACAUCUAACUGCUCGCUUAAGUACAGCAGUUCCAAGGAGCACCCUAAACCUUCUCCUUUCAAAGCCUGUAUUCUCUUGCCUGCAUCUGAAUGUUUUAAACCAGUUUACAUGGUAAAAGCCAAUAUACCUAAACGUACAUCGGCACUUUUGGGAUCUGCCUCUGCGCACACUGCUUUUUGUAUCUGAUCAGUUCACUGCCUCUCACUCACUCUGGGCAUUUACACCACACAAUUGCUGCUCGUUUCAGACACUGUAGAUUCUUCCUCAGUGCUCUGCUCUUGCUUUUUCUGCACAUGAAAUUUUAAUCUCGGAGAUCCGUUUGGUAAAACCUUUGUAAUCCUUCAAGACUAUUCCAAAUCUGCCUACUCCUGAAGGCCACUCGACUGCCUUGUUUAGUACCUGUUGGGCCUGUCUCUCACCCCAACACUCCUCGUUGCUUUUUUCAUGCUGUUCUUUGUUCUGCUGUCUUGGGAGUACUGUGCACUUUCUUACUAAUACAUUUGUUGUAUACUGUGUGCCCCAUCACUCCUUUAGACUGUUACAUUUUAUGACAAUAGACAUUUUCUCCAUUUUACAAACUCUCUGGUGUAUGAAAUAGAACCUGGAGCACAGUAGGUUGUGAAAAAGUACAUGUCAAGUGACUAGCAUUAGAGCAGUUUUAUAGAAUCCUUCAAAUGAAACUUGGCCCAGGAAUUGUUUAUAGUAGUGUAAACCAAAUAGAAGAAAGUGAUUUAUUGAAUAAAGAGGUUAACCUUAAAGAAUAUAGUCUUUGCUACCUUUCCUUCUAUUCAUCGGCAUUAUCUCUCACAUAUGAAGUGUUUGUCAUUUCGUAUGGAAAAAAUAAAAAAUAAUCCAAUAGAAAAAUGAGUGAAGCUCAGGAAAGGUAAUUUACAGAUAAAGGAAUAGAAAUGGCUGGUAAAAACAUGUUCAGUUUCACCAGCAUCAGGAUGGGUAGCAGUGUCUGUCACAAGGUUAAGCUGUUCCCCAGAUAGACAGAAUUUUAUGUAAGUGUAUAUGAUACACAUGUAUCCAAUUGAGAAACAAUGUGUGUAUUUGGAAGUCACAUUUUGGUAAAUGUAUAGAACUGAGCGUUUGCACACGUGUUGGUAAAGGAAGCACUGUGACACACCUCUUAAGAACCUCAAGAACCUAAGGAUUGUUCUGAGGCAUCGAUAGAUAGAUGCAUGAGUGUUUUACAUUAGCAUUGUUUACAUUAGCAAAAGUAGGAAAGCAACUUGAUCCUUAUAGGUCAGUUCUUGAAGGAUUUCUAGUAUUGCAGAGUGUUAUUUGGGGAAUCUAUAAAGUAAUGGAAAAGAUCCAUGUAAACAGCUUUAUAAUAGCUUUUUUCUAUGAACUAGAGAAAAGUACAUUCCUAAAAUAUAUGCCUAUCUUAAUGGUCACAAAAUAUCUGCCAUGUUUUGUGUUUGAAUGCAUUAAGGUGAUGACAGAAGUAUGAAAAUUACUGGCUUUUAUUACAAUGUCUUCCCUCCUAAAAGUUAGCUAAAAAUGACAACGGGAUGAAAAUUCAGAUAUCAGUUGUGAUACAUAUGAUGUGUUAAAUAGAAAUAAGUAGUCUCUCAAGGGAAAGAUUUGAUGUCAUAUGUGCCUCUGAGCUGCAAAAUGCCCUGAAUUAUACGUCUUGGAAUGUGCUAGUGAAUGUCAGAUAGGAUCCCUGGGGAGAGAGCUCUGUCCCAGAGGGGUGCUCAUUUACUAUAAGAGAAUGACCAUUUUUUUCAUGUUUUAAAAUUAUACCAAAUUAAUUAUUAUAUAAUAAAUGUAAUUUUUAUCUUUCAUGAUUAUCACAUCAAAAGUUCUUGAGCCCAGCUUCUUAUCAAAGCUACUUGUGAAGUUUCUAAUAUAAUAGCUCCUAGGGGGGCAAGGUAAAACAUUUAUAUUUUAACAGUUGAUAUCUACAAAAGUUUUAGUGUAGGUAUUAGUUUAGGAUUGAGAAGAUUUUCUAAUUAAUAUGAUUUAAGGUACAAAGUUAUAUUGUUCAAAAGGUGUUUUCCUGUCUGAGGUUGCAUUAGUAGACUUUCCUAUUGUCGGAUAUGGUUAGAUAUCUUUCCCUGGAGAUCUUUCCAUGCAAAUUAUAAUCAUUCUUUUAAAGAUUUUGUUCUAUUAUUGCCAAAAAUUGUGGAACCAGAUUAAGUAGAUGAUUUCUCCUCAUGUUUCCUUCAUUUCCAGUAUCUCCACUGUUAUUGUAGAUAUGAGGUGUAUGCACCCUCCCACAUACACAAACACACACAUUCAUGUUCAUAAUAUGGCUUCACAGUGGUUAAUUUACUGCUCCAAUACCUUUGAUGAUUUUUAAGUCACACGUUUUCCACCUUAAUACUUAAUUACCAUUAUUUAGUCAGUCUUUGCAUUUGCCCUAUCUGGAUGACACUGUGUAUUGUCUUUGCAUUUGCCCUAUCUGGAUGACACUGUGUAGUUCUACAAUGCAAAGUACUCUUUCUCUUUAAUUCCUGAAGUUUUUCUAAUCUCCACAGCCAUCGCCAUUCAUCUGCUUGACAUUUUCACUUCAGUGUCCAAUAGCUAUUUCAAGUGAAAAUGUCCAGAAUAUCUUCCUUUCUGGCCGCAUGCCUCAUCCUUUCUCCCCAUCAUCUGCAUCAUUAAACACACUCUCUGACUUUGUGCAUAGAUCUCUUCAUGUUUCACUUUGUUUGUUUGUUUGUUGGUUUGGUUUGGUUUGGUUUUUCGAGACAGGUUUUCUCUCUGUAGCCCUGGCUAUCCUGGAACUCUCUCUAUAGACCAGUCUGACCUUGAACUCACAGAGCUCUGCCUGUCUUGGCCUUCAGAGUGCUGAGAUUAAAGGCAUGAGCCACUACCACCCAACUUCCAUUUUUUUACUGUUUAAGUUGAAUAUUGAAUUAAGUGAGAGCCCUAAUUUGCAUAUCAAAAAAUCUAAAUUUUUCAGAUACACUUUUUUACUAACCAGGAUUAAAAAUUGUUUUAGUACAUAUGUACCAAAAUGGAUGUGAUGAGACUUUAAUAAUAUCAGUAGGCUUUUUUUUAUUUAACCUGUGAAUAAUUGUAAGUUGCCCUUCUUCUAUAAACAGAACUUCAGUUCAGUAAAAUCAGAUUUUUUUAAAGCCACCAGAUUACCCUAAGUUAUUCUUAUUUUUAAAAUAGAUUUCUUGGCCAUAUUGUAUCAUUUUACAACUUCUCUGGUUCCCUGCAGUUGACUCUAACAGCUUUCCUUUGUGUGUAACUGUCUACAGUGCUUGUCAUCUCCGAGUAACAGUAGUAGUUUGAAGUGCUUCUCUGCUAGAAAGCAUGGACUGUUUCCCUUUCCUCCUUCCACCCGACCUCCUAAGCGGUGAUGCAAUGUGACCUUAAAAUAUACAUCAUUCACAAAACAGAAGGAUGCUUCAGAAGCAAAGCAAAAUAGUGUUAAGUCAAAUAAUAAGCAUAUUAACUUCUUUUCCUUGCUUUUAGAAAUUUUGUGGAGACUACUGUUCAUUUUCUGUCUCCUUCCAGAGACACACAAAAGGAGGUCCACUGUCUCCCUCACACUAUCUUAGCUUGUAGAAAGAAGGGAGAAUGAAGUGUGGAAAAGAAACGGAAUGAGGUACUACCUCUGUAGUACUUCUAGAGAUACCUACUCAUAUGUAUCAGGUAUAGUUUGAGUUUAAAAUGCAAAGCUUGAAGCAAAAGAGAAAGGCAUUCAUGUACAAGUACUCCUUGAGUGAGUCGGCAGAUGCCCAUAUUGAGCCAUGUUAUUAACUGGCCCCUCUUACCACUUAAUCAAAUAACACUUGGUCCUAGACCUCUGAAGUUAAUCUGACUACAUUUUCAUGGCUGAACUGGGCUAACCACUAGCUUCAGAACCUAUGAUACUAUAAAACAUGGUGGAAAAUAAUACUUUAAUAAAUGAACAUGUAGGAAUAAGGCAGAUGUUACAUAUUUAAUUGUCAGUGUGACAGUGUUGGAUUUAUAAGUGACUAAGAACCUGUUAGUGUUGGUUUCAAAGAUUUUCUGAUGAGAUUAAAAUGUCACUGUCCUUAACGUUGGAAUACUUCAGUAUAUGCAUGAUGUAGAUUGAAAUUUUAGAAUUUGAGAAUGAUAAACCUUUCUCUUGAUUUGAGAAACCAAAGUCAGGUACUAGAGAUACACAGUUAAGAGUACUUACUGCUUUCGCAAAGGACCUGGGUUCAGUUCCCAGCACCCUACAGAAGCCUUAAAAUUGCAACUCCAGCUCCAGGAGAUAUGAUGCCCUUUUCUGACGUCAGGAGUCACCACAUGUGCAUGGUACAAUUACAGACAUGCAAGCAAAAUACACAUAUAAAAUAAACUGAUCUUUUUUUUAAUUAAAAAAUAAUACACCCAAUGUUGGGUGUUUUUUACAUAUACCCGCAAUGUCUGUGUCUGUGGUAAAUCAUCUUUUAAAUAAUUGUAUUCCUGUAGAUCUUGUUUUAUUUCUCUGAUGAUUACCCAUGUGUAACUUAACCAGGUACAAAUAGAAACAGUAGAGUCAGAUAAGAUGGUGGCCUACAGGAAGAUGCCUUUUUGCUUAGGAGAAAUAACAUAAUAAGAAAUGUAGGAAUAAUGACACUAUGAGGUAUGAGGUUUGAUUAUUUUUAUAGGUACAGCUAAACUGCUUGUGUGAUACACUAUACUUCAGCAGGUGAAAACGCACACAUUGACGGAAAAGUCAGCGUAAAGAAAGAGAAAAGCUGUAUGUCAUCAGGAAGACAUGGAAGAUUCAAGGCAAAGACAGAGAAACCUAAGUUUAGACUGUACUUAGGAACUCACAGCUAAAAUGUGGACUGAGUGAGGGAUUCACAGAUGAUGAUACCAAGACAGGAGACACUAGAGACGAAACUGGCAAGACAAGAUGAGGCACAGUCGAGAGAAGUUCACAGACUGCAUGGGAACCCAGGGAGUGCAGGGCAGGUUCUUAUUAGGAAGAGUUACUGGAGGAAUCUAUAAAUGUUUCUCAGAUUGUCUUGUGUGAUAAAACUUAAGGUUUGUUCUACUUCAUCUUUAUAAUUGAAUAAGGUAGAAUUAAGGUUAGGAUUAUAAUUCUUUAAAGACAAAUAAUUUUCAGGAAAAAAGUUUACUAAGAUUAAUAACUGUUAAAAAGUUCUUCUAAUAUCAUCCAUAAAAUAAAAUUAACUUAGUUGGCAACUUUAUUUGCCAUCCUUAAAAAGUGGUUAUAUAUUGGGGUUAUUUAGAUUUCAAUAAUCAAAUUAUUUUUAUUAAAGGAUUAAAUAAAUUAGAAUAAGACAAUAUUUCUUAAGUGCAAAGGAAAUCAAAAGCAUGUGUAAGAUGUAUAAACACACUCAUAUGUGUCCACUAUCGAACGUGGAUUUAUAUGUUCACUUCCUGCUGCCUUCAAGAGCAGAAUGACAUGACCUCACAGACACUUUUUAAAAUGUCCCUAGCAGAUCUGUGUACUGAAGGAAGCAUUGUUGAUUCUUGCUAAAAUUAGCUAAUGAAGUUCAGAAAAUCUCAGCUACAGAAACUAAACUUCCACUCCGAUUUUGAAGGUGAUUUAGCUCAUUCUAACCUCAGCCCUACACGGAGAACAACGAAGUUACUUCAGUGCCCUGUCAGUGACUGCAGUCUGGUUUGAGGUGCCCAGGGAGGGCACAUAGAUAGAGAUGUGGUUGUCAACAAAUCCAAGCUCAAGGUUAAUAUCUCACUUUUUAAUUUUAAGGUUUAUGUACAUGUCACACUUGUAUACUUGUGCAGCACCAUUUUAUUGUGAUGAAGUACGUCCGGGUGUGCUGAUUCUUGUGGCUACACCCUCAGUAUAAAUUAACAAAAUGGCCACAUUGGACUAUUGUAAACACCCAGUGACUACAGUAAUUUCUCCUCACCAAUUGGUGAUAGGGUAACAAGCACUACUUCUAAAUAGAGCUGUGUCUUCCAGAACAGCAAAUCUCACCAUCAGAAUGCCCAGAUGAUGUAACUUUAAAAUAAUAGAAACAUUUUAAAAGAUUAUUACUGACUUGGUGGCCAUUUUAUAAAGUUAAAUGACUAUGUGUCCGAUUGAAAAAAUAAAAUACUAUUAAGAAUUUUAUUGAUCUUCACCUCUAAAUAUAGCCAUAAAACAAAUAAGAUAUUUGUGAGUAACCCCAAAACUACUAGGUAUUAAGGAACAUGAAAUUAAUGUUUUGAAAAAUUUAAGUGGGUAUUUUCUACUGCUGUCUUUGUUAACUUUGCUUUCAUAAUUCUAUUCUACCUGUUCAUAUUUCUCAGAGCAGAGAGUUUCUUUAAGCUACACCGGAUGAAGAGCUAGUAGCCGCAUUAUCAUUUUUGGGCUUUAUGAAAACAUUACCAUUGCUGUAUAGUUAUUAGUCCCUCUGUUUUGACAUGCUGAUUUCUCAUAGACUGUAUUGCAAAAUAUAGACAUUCAAGGAACUUUUUGUUUAACAAUUUUGACUUGAAGAUUGCUUUUUCCUUUGAAAAUUCUCAUUGUACAAGGUAGUUUUAUUAAAAUAUGAUAAAAGUCACUUUAAAGUUGUGGUAUUUCCAUCUUAAUAAAUUAUGUUUAAACUAA